CCCUACUGGUCUGGCUGCCAGUGACAGGUCAUAACAGCUACCGUAGCACUAAGGGCUCCUGUACUGCCACAAGUUUGUCCCUCGCACUGCUCCGUACUAGUAGGAGUAAUGAUAAGAUCUAGGGCAGAGGUUGUGUUUUGUGCAAAACUGGAGUUCGUCCAGCUGAAACUAAAAGACAAAAGGUAACAGGAGUGCUGCCUGCAAGGUGUACAAACAGGCCCUAGAGCUGCUCCACCUGUCCCAGGCUCCAAGGCAUGAGGAUAUCAGCUCUCCUGACAGCUGGUUUAGGCACUUGUGUUGGGAACAUCAACAGACUCUAUAAGCAGUGAGUAAGUAAGAAUUGCACACAGCAUCCCUGUAUUAACCCACCCUGUGUGCACUGAUGGGGAUUAGUGAAGGUGCAAUGCUCUGUGUGCACUGAUGGGGAUUAGUGAAGGUGCAAUGCUCUGUGUGCACUGAUGGUGAUUAGUGAAGGUGUAAUGCUCUGUGUGCACUGAUGGUGAUUAGUGAAGGUGUAAUGCUCUGUGUGCACUGAUGGUGAUUAGUGAAGGUGUAAUGCUCUGUGUGCACUGAUGGGGAUUAGUGAAGGUACAAUGCUCUGUGUGCACUGAUGGUGAUUAGUGAAGGUACAAUGCUCUGUGUGCACUGAUGGUGAUUAGUGAAGGUACAAUGCUCUGUGUGCACUGAUGGUGAUUAGUGAAGGUGCAAUGUCCUGUGUGCACUGAUGGGGAUUAGUGAAGGUGCAAUGUCCUGUGUGCACUGAUGGGGAUUAGUGAAGGUGCAAUGUCCUGUGUGCACUGAUGGGGAUUGGUGAAGAUGCAAUGCUCUGUGUGCACUGAUGGGGAUUGGUGAAGGUGCAAUUCUCUGUGUGCACUGAUGGGGAUUGGUGAAGGUGCAAUGCUCUGUGUGCACUGAUGGGGAUUGGUGAAGGUGCAAUGCUCUGUGUGCACUGAUGGGGAUUGGUGAAGGUGCAAUGCUCUGUGUGCACUGAUGGGGAUUAGUGAAGGUGUAAUGUCCUGUGUGCACUGAUGGGGAUUAGUGAACGUGUAAAGUCCUGUGUGCACUGAUGGGGAUUAGUGAAGGUGUAAUACCCUGUGUGCCCUGAUGGGGAUUAGUGAAGGUGUAAUACCCUGUGUGCCCUGAUGGGGAUUAGUGAAGGUGUAAUACCCUGUGUGCCCUGAUGGUGAUUAGUGAAGGUGUAAUACCCUGUGUGCCCUGAUGGUGAUUAGUGAAGGAGUAAUACCCUGUGUGCCCUGAUGGUGAUUAGUGAAGGUGUAAUGCCCUGUGUGCACUGAUGGGGAUUAGUGAAGGUGUAAUGCCCUGUGUGCACUGAUGGGGAUUAGUGAAGGUGUAAUGCCCUGUGUGCACUGAUGGGGAUUAGUGAAGGUGUAAUGCCCUGUGUGCACUGAUGGGGAUUAGUGAAGGUGCAAUGCCCUGAUGGGGAUUAGUGAAGGUGCAAUGCUCUGUGUGCACUGAUGGGGAUUAGUGAAGGUGCAAUGUCCUGUGUGUACUGAUGGGGAUUAGUGAAGGUGCAAUGUCCUGUGUGUACUGAUGGGGAUUAGUGAAGGUGCAAUGUCCUGUGUGUACUGAUGGGGAUUAGUGAAGGUGCAAUGUCCUGUGUGUACUGAUGGGGAUUAGUGAAGGUGCAAUGUCCUGUUUGUACUGAUGGGGAUUAGUGAAGGUGCAAUGUCCUGUGUGCACUGAUGGGGAUUAGUGAAGGUGCAAUGUCCUGUGUGGACUGAUGGGGAUUAGUGAAGGUGUAAUGUCCUGUGUGCACUGAUGGGGAUUAGUGAAGGUGUAAUGCCCUGUGUGCACUGAUGGUGAUUAGUGAAGGUGUAAUGUCCCGUUUUUCUUUUAGUUUGGUGGCUCGUGUGAUGUUUUUAAUUCUUCUGUGUGUCAGUUAGAAAUAUCAGUACACACCAGACUUACGUUUUGCGUAGGUCUAUCCUAACUAUAAGAUAAGGCAGGGACUAAUGAAAGUAUUUAGAAAAUAGGGCAGACUAGAUGGGCCGAAUGGUUCUUAUCUGCCGUCACAUUCUAUGUUUCUAUUCUGCUUAAAAUUACUAAAACUUACUAAAAUUACAACGGAUGUUACAGGACGAUGGAUAUUCAAAUGCAGAUGUUAUUUACUAGACUCGGGAGAGUUAGUGUCGUUGUCCAGAAAAUAAGAGAUCGGCUAUCCCCAGUUAAACUCCAGUCAAAUUCCUAUUGGUUCCGAACCACAUUCCAAAAUUCUCAGGCAAAGAAAGCAAUGUGAUGUAUUGAUACCAUCUGCCCUCCACUCACCCACACGCCCAUAUAAUGCAUGCCUAGAAUACUCAAUAUUACACACAACAGGCCGUUAUCCCGAUAGGCAGGAACAGAAGCAAGGCUGACCAGCGUUGAUUGAAAACUUUGGGGGAAAAAUUUAGUGAAAAAAUAGACUUAUCUUGUUAAAUGUUAUAAUGCACAGCUUCCCCAGGCGAUAUCCCAGAAAGUGUCCGCUUGCAGAGUAAGCAAAAUGCUAAAUAUAUUGGGGAUCAGCUAUAGAGCUACAAACAAAAUCCAACAUAGUGUAAUACAGCAAAAAAUGUUUGUCUAAAACACUGCGCUUGAAGAAAUACACUCAUAGGAUUUGUGGAAUUUAAAUCGCCUCGGGGUGCUCCCCCAGUAGAUAUAUAGGGGGGCUAUCCAAUUCCACCUUCCCUCCUGGAUGCUGUCUUCACACCAGCAACAGAUAAAAAAACAAAAAUAUACAAAAUAUAAAUAAAAUAGUUUGGUCCUACUCGUUUCAUCCAAAUAUUGGACUUCGUCAGAGACCAUACGUGCAAUAAAACAAAAAUAAGAAUCAAAAUAAAAUACAAUAAAACGUUCCCUCAUAGGAAAUAUCAGCAUAAAAUAAUUUUUAUUGUAUUUUAUUAUGAUUCAAUAUAAAUUUAGAAGAAACACCACAUCACUUAUGUUCUGCUCUUUAUUUAGAUUCAGCCCACCCUCUCCCAAAUCUCAAUAAAAACUGCAAGAAAUGAUAUUACUUAUCUUUUUUCCAUCCCUUUAAUCAAGUCCCUAAAGCUACUUGAUCCUGCUUGUGCAACGUUAAAUUUAUGUAGAAGGCAUAUGCCUGAAAUUGUGGGAGGGGUUAUUUCCCUAUUUAAACACCCAGUAACUAGCUAGUCAGCCAGCACACACACACACACACACACACACUAGUAUUAAGUUGGGGGAUGGCGCCUGCAGACCCAAUCAUGCAUAUUCACUAUAUUUCAUAUCAGGCAUCUUAGUGGAUUAUUCCCUCCUCGUUAUAGCUUUAGUUUCGAUUGUGCGUUAUAUAUAUGCCCCUUACAGUAAUACAAACAGUAUGUCAGAACUAUCAUACAAGGCUAAUCCAUGCUUUCAGUACUUCAAUCACUUACGGGCUAAGGGUCUACGAGUUAAUUAGAUACAGCAGUACAAGGAUGAUACCUAAAUACAUAUAUUUACCCAACUUGUCACUCACUUGUGAUCCUGUUAUACCACAUUCACUAGGUGCCCAUAUCAAUUUAGUGGAAACCAAGAUCAGCGAUUUCCUCCAACAAUUUGUUACAGGUGUUUUAUUUCUUACACAUAUUUCCAGUUAAACACAUAUAUUGGGACUCACGCUGCCUUUUACGUUUACACGUUGUACAUAUUUAGGCCUGGUAUCAGACCAUCGUCAGAUCCUCUAUACAUAUAGUACAUAUAGUGACGGCUUCCAGAUUUAUUCUUUACAAAGUAUACUAUUUAUUACUUGACAACCCAUUAGGGGCAUUUCAGUACAUUGUGUUCUAGAUUACCAUACGUUAACUCAUACUAUCGCUUAAUUAUCACGUCUACGUCAAUUAUACAAGGCAAUACAGGUUAAAGCAUUAGCAAGUCUAAUAAAGACAGGGUAAACCACAAUUCCUACUUGUUUCAUAUCAAACAUUGAGGCAUCUCUUGGCCUUCAUUACGACCAAACGAAUAUAAUUCAAAUCCUUAACAGUGAAUAGGGACUUGUCUCUGCACGCUUGACAUUCGUAAGGUUCUCCAUGCACAUUGAAUCAUUCGUUAUGCUAUUUAAUGUUGCAUACACUAUGUUACUUACAUUCUAAGUAGACCAUCAGGAUUGACUUUCGGUCAUGCUAUCUGUUUCUGUCUAAGAAGUUACACCUAUAGGCAUCUUAUAAUACAGACAAUUUACCAUCCCAAGCCUAUCAAGUAAACGAUCAUAAGGGUAUUUAUUAUACGACACAUAUCAUCUUUAAGUUUAAACCACAAUCAAAAGCUCCUUUUCAGAUUCCUAUAUUUUCCCUACCGUUAGUCACUGUAUUUUUAUUCUAGUUUCGCAUCACAACCGGUAGUUUUGUCAGAUGCCUUUUCCAGUCCUUUUUCUCUCUGGUUCUAUCCACUUGGCUCACGCAUGUACGGUUAUGUUCAUGCUCAUCCACAAGAAACAAACCCUGCCAAGGGUGAGAAGAACUGACCUUAGACAAAUAUUGCGCGAAGCCAACUACUCACCUCAACACGGAGGUUCGGCCCAACUCAGACUUAGUGCCUCGCUUACUUUUCUAAAGGGUCUUUGGUAGGGCCUCACAUGUCACGGCCACAAGUAUUGUCUCUUUUACUGCCCCGCUACAAAACAUAGCAGCUACAAGUCCACACGGCCCAAAUCAAAGGUAGAGCCUCCUAAACUCAUGAAGUCUGGCCUUGCUUAAAGGUAACGGUUGAGCCUAAAGUACAUGCAGCCCAGAGAUCCUCUACAGUUCAAAGGUCUAAUCAUGCCUUAAGUUAGUUUGGUAAAUUACGCAGGUAAAUUUGUCUACCAAUACUAAGGAAACUUACUAUAAAAGCUUACGAUAGGUGUAAAAGUUGUAUAUAAUUUCAAUUUAAUAAAUGUGUUCCAAUUGUAAAUGGUUGCUUGCACAAAUUUUUUUGCCACAUCUCUUGGAAACUAGCCUACAAUACAAUUGAACUAUACUUACGGGAAUUACCAUUACAUGUAGACAAUAUACCCCAACAGCUCCCAAUUGCUUUCUAAUUCAGUAAAGAUGUGCUAACAGGGGUCAUAGAUCAAAGCUCCACAAAUCAUCCAAUUCACUCCCUAUCGACAGUAAAUCUUAGAGGGAAUCUUCAAAUUGACAAUUAAACGUCCCUUUAAUAACCCUAAUUACCUAGUGUUAAGUCAGCAGCUUACCGUACUUGGCUUUUUACGGUUUCUUGAGGCCAAAAAGAUAGAAUUUUACUGUCGGAAGCAUUCAACCUUCACUCAUGCGUCACGAAUUCAGGAAUCAACAAACAUUACAUUAUAUCUACUCCUCAUACCAAACAUAGCAAUCGGGUAUUUUAAAUUGUGCCCGGUUCAAACUUUAUACUCCUAGUCAAAGACCAGAUUAGCCAGGUCCCUAACUACCCAUUACUUCCUCCAAUAACUAUAUUUGUUACUUUAUUACUCCACCCAGUCCUUAAUCCUUCCCCCUACUCGGGCCACUCAUUCCAUACAACAACAGAAGCCUCUAAUGGGCAGGUUACGUUAAAACAUAAUUAGAAUUAUGGGACGUUGGAUUACAAUAGGUACAUUCCUAACCCAUGAUGGAAAUCAGACUUCCUUUUGAUAAUGUAACUAAACGAUUGCUAAUUGUGAGAAAUCAUUAAUCUUGUUUUAUAUUUUUUGCCCUCUUUUUACAGGCCUAACCUCUCGUCGGUUUCGGCACACCUCAACUGACUUUGGCCUUGUUGAAUUACAUACUUUUAAUUGUACGUCCUCUAAUUACCCCGUACGCAAGUAGAAGGCAUAUGCCUGAAAUUGUUGGACGGGUUAUUUUCCUAUUUAAACCCCCAGUAACCCCAGCUUACCUAUCGUCGCUGUUUGGAAGUUCCCCUCUCACCUCACCCUUUUUAUUUACAUCAAUAUACCAGGUGGGCCCUCUUUUUACAGGCCUAACCUCUCGUCGGUUUAGGCACACCUCAACCGACUUUGGCCUUAUCGAAUUACAUACUUUUAAUUGUACAUCCUCUAAUAACCCCGUACACACACAGAUUUUAUAUAUAUAUAUAUAUAUAUAUAUAUAUAUAUAUAUAUAUAUAUUUUUUUUUUUGUGUGUGCGUAUGUAUAUAUAUUCCAUAGAAGAGCCAGGACUCAAGGACUUCUGUAAAAAAUAUAAUGGCUUUUAAUCAACGUUUCAGUUCACAACAAUGAACUUUCCUCAGGACAUAAAAAAAAAAUAAAAAAAUAUAUAUAUAUAUUGGAAGGCAUGGCCUGAAGUUGUGGGAGGGGCUAUAGACCUAUAAAAUGCACUCCCCCCUUUCCCUACUUACCUUUGUAAGUCAGACGAAUAGACUGUUUGAGGUCAGCAUUUGCAUGAGAUCCACUUCCAGGUCAAACAAGACGCCAUUUUGGUUUUACCUCUGCUCCAUGAGGUCUCCUACUCCAAGCUGUGUCCAGGAAUCCUGCAGCAGGGCUUUCCGUUAAUCCAGUGGCUUUCUCACUGGUCAGUAUCACAUUUGGUGUCUCAGGGACUCUCAAACCGUAAGUUGACCCACUUGUCGCGCCAGGAUUAGUUCCCACGGCGUUCAGUACAGCACGGGUCCUCACUUUACGGUUUCCUUUUGUUUUGCACGGUUAUUUCAUUACUUUAUACUCACCUAGCUGUUCAUUUAAAAUCUGUUUUGGUUAAAAUAUGUUCGGUUAAAACUACGAACGAAAUACAAUUUUUCGCCUACACACUGACCCCUACUGUUUUUUUGGUGUACUACAGGCUGCUUAGACAUUAUCGCAUUUCAUGUACAAACCAACGAACCACUGCAUUUUUGCCUACACACUGACCCCUACCGUUUUUUGGUGUACUACAGGCUGCUUAGACAUUAUUGCAUUUCAUGUACAAACCAACGAACCACUGCAUUUUCGCCUACACACUGACCCCUAUCGGUCAUCGGGUGUACUACAGGCUUCUCAGACAAUGCAUUUCAUGUACAUGACCCCUACCAGUCUUUUGGUGUACUACAGGCUUCUCAGAUAUUAUUGCAUUUCAUGUACAAACCAACAAACCACUGCAUUUUUCACCUACACACUGACCCCUACUGGUUAUUCUGUGUACCACAGGCUUCUCAGUCGCUGUACGAUACUGUCCUUACCACAGGUAAGUUCAUGCACUAUGUCCACCUCAAUCUAUCCAUCCUGGUAAAAUAUUAUAAAUAAAUAAAUGUACAAUCCCAAAAAAUGUACAAAAAAAUAAGCUCAUGCACGUGCAUUCCUGCACUCCACCUGUGAAAUUGAGGUUAGGUGUGAGAACUGAGUUUGUCUCAGUUCUCACAGUGGACAGCUCUCAAAUGACUAUCAGGAAGAGAGCCACUAGUGGCGUGUUUAAUCCUGCAAUAAAAGCAUUGCCAUGUCUUCUAAAGCUGAUUAAAACUAAAGGACCACUGAGACCACUUCAUUGAGAGGAAGUGGUGUGGGUGCCUUUGUGUCCUUUUAAAGGGAUACUAUAGUGCUAGGAAUACAAAGCUAUAUUCCUGACACUAACGCCUCCCCCCGUCCCCGUUAAAUAAAGGGUUAAAAACCCUUUAUUUACUUACCUGAUCCCAGCUCAGAUGUCCUUCGACACUGGGUCGAAGCUCCUCCUCCGCCCCGCAAUGAGUGGGCUCUAAUGCGCAUGCGCGGCAAAUGCUGCACGCUAUUUAGACCUCCCCAUAUGAAAGCCUGUGGGGAAAAAUCUGAUGCUGGAUGGCCUUUUUUUCUGUUUGGAAGCAGCUUGACUCUUAAUCAGGGGGAUGCAGCCAAUUGUUAAAACCACAACAUAUAACUUCGGUGGUUAUUGUGCCUACACUGCCACCUUUAAUAGGCGGCUAAAAUGCGUCACUAACAUUUAGCCAUGGUCCUUGUUUUCGACUACUCCUAUUUACAUGCUGGAUAAACCUGACGGCUGGUCCCUUUUAACCGUAAUAGAUUAACCGGCCAUCCUCUUGUUUCUGUAUGUCUUGUUAUAUAUAAAUAUAUAGUGUUAGCACAAUCUCCGCAUGUGUCUAGAAUUUUUUUUCAACCUAUCUACCUUCAUUGUUUAUAUUAUCUGAAAGUGAUAAGUAAAUGUCUAAAGUCCAAUACAUAAAGAACAUUUGAUGAUGUAUGCUAACUAGACAAAAGGUCAGCCCAAAGUCUAAAAAACAAUUCAUUGUUUGUUGAAUAAAAUAUUUGGAAAACAUUGUAGCAUACCUGUUGCAAGCAGACGCCUUUACAUUAACCAUUAAUGUUUAAAUUCGUCUUUGUUUUUUUUUUUUGUUUUUUUUUUAAAUGUUCAGUUCUUUUUUUUUUUUUUUUUUUUAUAUUUUUUUUUUUGACCUUCGUAUGUGAAAUAGCAAAUAUCUCCCAACAGGCCUAUGAUUUGUCACACAAUAUGUUUCUUUGUAUAUCCUGGCACCACGACCACAAUCUUAUUGUGAGAAAGCACUCCUGACACCUGUAGUGAUUAUGGUGCUUGGGAAUGUUCCUUCAAACAAAACUGGAACAUUCACCUUGAAAUGAAAGCUUUAAGCACAAGCAAAGUCAUCUAAAAGCCUUGUAACACUUGGCUCUUUUAUUAAAGGAACAUGAAGCUGAAAAAAUUUAAAGCUUAAAACAUCCAAUAAAAAUCUAUGACAAAAAUGCUAAACUGUCAAAAGAAACUAAAAAUAACUUAAUUUCUGAACGUUUAACUUCACGUCUAAAUGUUUAAACACUAAAUAAACAAUUUUCUAUUAAUGUUUCAGUCUCUCUUAUCUGAACUCUACUAUUACGUUGGCGUUGUUCCAAGUGCUAUAAUCCCUCAUGAGAGGGCUAUUUCUCAUUAGCCGUUAAUGCUCUCAUUUAGUAUUCAUGAAAGCUGUUUACUAUAGUCACUGGGUUAUAGGGCAAGACCGGCAACAGAAUGAUACCUUUUUUAAUGGACUAACAAUACUUAACAGACAAGCUUUCAAAAGUUUCUCUCUCUUCCUCCGGUCUGGAUAUAUAUAUAAUAAUAUAUAUAAUAAUCCAAUAUGCUUGCACUCCUGGCAAAGUUUAGUCUGUGCUGGUCUGACAACAUUUAAAAAUACAAAAAAUUGACUGCACUCAAAAGGAGUUAAAAUGUAUUUAUUUGUCCUGAUGAAAGUCCCCUUGGUGGGACUGUAACGUCCACUCUUUUUAUGAUGAACCAAUAAAGGUUAAGUACUUUAAAUACUAUUUCCGUCUUUGAAGGCCAAGAAAGACAUUUUUUAUAUAUAUGGUUCAUCAUAAAAAGAGUGGACGUUACAGUCCCACCAAGGGGACUUUCAUCAGGAAGUGCAAGCAUAUUGGAUUAUUAUAUAGAGGCGAGUAUGUAGCUACAGAUACUGCAAAGCCUCCAAAUGUAUAUUUAGUUUGUUUAUCUCUUGAGGAGCUCAUUGAACCUGCAUCUUGCUCAGUUGGCUCCAGAUAUAUAUAAUGAAGAGAUGCACUCUAAGGACUUAAGAACUUCAUUCUUUAUAUAUUUUCUCAACAUGGGAUUGCACCUAGGCAAUAUUGUGCUAUACAUAUGAAAGGGUGAGUGCCAAGAAAGACAUUUUAUAUAUUUAUAUGUAUAUGUGUGUGUGUAUGUAUAUAUAUAUAUAUAUAUAUGUGUGUAUGUGUAUAUAUAUAUAUAUAUAUAUAUAUAUGUGUAUAUAUAUAUAUGUGUAUAUAUAUAUAUAUAUAUAUAUAUAUAUAUAUAUAUAUAUAUAUAUAUAUAUAUAUAUAUAUGUGUGUGUGUGUGUGUCUUAAUUAUUGUUUCUAUUUGUUCCUCCUCCAGAUGAUUAGAUCUGAAUAAUCAUGGCAAAUCACACAUUUGAGCCUUUAGAAGAGAGAACAUUUCAGUAUCAGAAUUCACUACCUCCUCUUCCAGUACCUAAUCUUGAAGAGUCUUUAUCUAAAUACUGUGAUGCAGGUACGUAACGCACACCUUUCAUUAUAUUUGUACCUCCCUGGUCAAUCAGAAGGCUUGGAGAGUAGGCUAAAAAUUGCAUGUUUUUAGCCUACUCUCAGAGCAUGUUUGACAUGACUAAACAUGACAUCAUUAAUUUGACAGUAAUUAGGUGUCACUUUUCCGAUAAGGUAUUAUUUGUAACACUUGAAAAACAUUUAUUUUGAAACCGUAUUUUUAAUCUUUUCUUAAAAUAUAUAUAUUUUUUUUUUUAACAUUGUUUAUUUCUGUAUUUUUCUUUUUUGUAAUGAAUGUAAUGUGCUUUUACAUAAUUCUGCUUAUAUAUUUUUCUUUUUACUUAGAUUUUUGUUGUUCUUUAAUAAACAGGAUUCAUGUUUCUGAAUAGAAAUAGUUCUUGUUAGAAUGCAAGAGUUAUUUAUUUAUUUUUUUUUUUUUUAAGCAAGGAUGUUUUUUUGGGUGUUACAUAUAAGUGAUAUGUAACACCCAAAAAACAUCCUUGCUUUUUUUUUAUUUUUAUUUUUUUAUAAUACUUUUAUUUUUUAUUUUUUUUGAAUCCUAUUUGUUAGAAUUAUACUGUCAAAACUCUUACUCCAACAGUAAUUUAUUUUAUAUUUUUUUAAUGCAUUUUUUUAUUGCAUGUUAAAUAUGUCAAUUGCAUGUCAAUCAUGAAUAUAUAAUAUGUUGUCAUAUCAUUUGCAUUAAUGAGGUUUUGACAAAGCUGAUGUCUACGUUGUGAUAGAAUUAAGACUAAAAACGGAUAUAGUGCAAAAUGGUCCAACAGCAAUUUAAAGUGUCUGUGUCCUUAGAAAUCAUAUAGCACUUUAAAAAAUAAAAAAUACAUUUUUAAAUUUUUUUUCAAUUAAGGAUAAGGUGAGAAACAAAUUCUGUACAGAGAUCUAAUAUUGUCGUUUCACAAUGUAUAAAUAGAAUAAUUGAUUAUUUAAGGCAACAAAGACAAAUAGUUAAAAUGAAUACAAUUACAGCUUUGCAUAAAUACAUGGUUAAGUUGUAUCAAAACUUGAUUGCCUUAGAAACAAUUCAUGCGAUAAAAAGAUUAUAUUAGGCAUUACUUAAAAUUAAACUGGACCCCUGUGUUUACACUUUAACAUUAGUAGGAGGAGAAGUACGGAAUAUGGGACUUCAGAAAAAAAUCUGAACCUUUUUGGAGAAUGUAUUUGCAGGAUAAUAAAGCCGUUUUCUAAGUAUGAAAAAGAAACUCUAAUAAUCAUAAGUGCCAAGCGCCCUCUCUCAACAUUCUGCCAUUCUAUCAGUAUGCCUGGCAGGGUUGUGUAUAAUGUUAAGGAAUAACUGGAGAGCCAGUGGAAAAUGUUACUCUGCCAGGAGAGGAGAUACUUGGGAUCGUUUGGAAAGUUAAGGGACACUCUAAGCACCAAUACAACUUUAGUUUAAUCAAGUGGUUUUUGUGUAUAGAUCAGACUCCUGCAGUCUUACUGCUCAAUUCUCUGCCAUUUAGGACUUAACCCAAUUUGUUUAUGCAGUUCUAGCCAAGUUUCCACUACCUGAGACCCAUGCGUCCUCCCUACAGACUUCUUGAGUCUAAUUUAUUUUAGCUUCCCUUAAUAUCUUGCCAGAGCAUGCAGCAGCCUCCUGUGUGUGAUUAAAACUCCAUGAACAUAGCUAAAGAUAGGAACUUAUAAAGUAAGCACACAGUGCUGUAAGAUCUGAUUGAAAUGUAAAUCUUUUUUUUUCUUUUCAUGCAGGCUGUAUGAGUCAGAACCAGAGAGGAGUGGCUAGGCCUGCAUAAAUAGGAACAAAUUUAUUUAACUCCUAAAUGGCAGAGAAUUGAGUAGCGAGACUGCAUUUGCAUGAUCUAUACACCAAAACUGCCUCAUUAAACUAAAGUUAUUUUGGUACUUAGAGUGCCUUUUUAACUGACAUUUUCUUUAAUGUUAUUUUCUUUGGCCGACCAAACCAACCGUUAUUUUUCAUUUCCCUUUACACGCUUUAAUAACUGCCUUUCCUAUUUGCAGUAAAACCUUUUUUAAGCCAAGAAGAAUUUGAAAACACAUGCAAAAUUGUAAAACGUUUUGAAAAUGGAAUUGGUAAAGAAUUGCACCAAAAACUUAUUGAAAGGGCAAGAGUCCGAAAGAACUGGGUAAGCAUUUAAAUUCUUCUGUUUUUUGGGGUUUUUUUUUUUUUUUUCUUACUAAGGUAAAAUCCUAAGAGUCGGUUGAUUAAUUAAAGUAGGUUUGAAUUUAUUAUAUAGUUAUGUGAAAUGCAAAUAUUGCAUCUAUACUGCAAUCGGAUUCCUGCCUUUUUUUUUUUUUUUUUUAAAUUAAAAUGUAUCUGUAUCAGUGGCAGGGCUUGGCAGCCAACUGAGCAAGAUGCAGGUUCAAUGAGCUCCUCAAGAGAUAAACAAACUAAAUAUACAUUUGGAGGCUUUGCAGUAUCUGUAGCUACAUAUUCGCCUCUACCGCCUGGGGACACUACAGUUCAUGAUUAAAUAUAAGUAUUUGUGGGGUGAUCUGCAAGUCUUCCAGGUCCCUUUUCACACACACGUUCCUGCAAUACAUGAUCGGAGCAGCCUAUAGACCGGACCUCCUCCCUGAUGCACAGCAAGUACUGAUCCACAAAGCCAAUAUCCAGCGACUGCUUACCUAGGCACAGGCCUUGGAAAGACGGUCUCUCCGAAGCCACUCACAUUCCGGGAGGGUUGGUCCUAGUAAAAAUGUAGGGAUACAGAUCUGUUUUACAGGAAUGGCUGUAUACGUGGGCAUCCUGCGUUGGCUCGUAUGGUGGCCUAUGGCCAAGGGAGAACGGUGUUCUCCACUCAUUCUGUGAGCAUCGUGGGACUCUAGCCAUUGCAGAUGAGCGGAAUCCCGGCAUCGGAAGUUGGAUGAGUUGGGGUUUAUGAGAGCCUGUGUGGAAAGCUUCUGCCCACCAGUUUGCAUUUUAUAUUGUACAUUUAUUUUUAGUUACUAACCUUUAUCGGGACAAUACAAAUGUGGCUACUAACUGUUUGCUCCAGUAGUUCCAUGCUUGUGCAUUUAACCCCUUAAGGAUGGAGCCAAAUGUACAUGUUGUGAACAAAACAAAAUCUAAACAAAACCUGGCAUUUGCGCUACAUGUCUGUCCAACCGUAAUUCACCUCUUUCAUAGUAAAUGCACCCACCCUUAUUAUUUAUCAUUUUAUUCAGGGGAAAGAGGGCUUUCAUUUAAUAUCAAAUAUUUAGCUAUGAAACCUAAUUUAAUAUGAAAAACAUGGGAGAAAAUAAGUUUUUUGUUUUUUUUUUGUUCUACGUGACAUUUUAACUGUCAAUGUCAUAAUACUGUUUGCUUUUACUGCAAUAAAAUACACAUAUUUGUAUUCAGUAAAGUCUCACAUGUAAGACAGUACCCCCUAUGUACAGGUUUUAUGGCGUUUUGGGAAGUUACAGGGUCAAAUAUAACACGUUACAUUUGAAAUUGAAAUUCGCCAGAUUGGUUAUGUUGCCUUUUAGACUGUAUAGUAGCCCAGGAAUUAAAUUUACACCCAUAAUGGCAUACCAUUUGCAAUAGUAGACAACCCAAGGUAUUGCAAAUGGGGUAUGUCCAGUCUUUUUUAGUAGCCAUUUGGUUAUAAACACUGGCCAAAGUUAGCGUUAGUAUUUGUUUGUGUGUGAAAAAUGCAAAAAACGCCAAUUUUGGCCAGUGUUUGUGAUCAAGUGGCUACUAAAAAAGACUGGACAUACCCCGUUUGCAAUACCUUGGGUUGUCUUCUUUUGCAAAUGGUAAGCCAUCAUAGGGGUAAUUUCCAUUCUUGGGCUACCAUAGGGUCUCAAAAGCAACCUAACCAAUCUGGCAAAUUUUAAUGUGAAAAAAAUGAAACACAAGCCUUAUAUUUGAUGCUGUAACUUUUGAAAACACCAUAAAACCUGUACAUGAGGGGUACUGUUGUACUCGGGAGACUUUGCUGAACACAAAUAUUUUGUUUCAAAACAGUAAAAAGUAUAGCAGCUAUAAUAUCAUCCGUGUAAAUGCUGUUUGUGCGUGAAAAAUGCAAAAAACGUCACUUUUACUGGUGAAAUCAUCGUAAUACAUUUUACUGUUUUGAAACACUAAUAUUUGUGUUCAUCGAAGUCUCCCGAGUAGAACAGUACCCCCCAUGUACAGGUUUUAUGGUGUCUUGGAAAGUUAUAGGGUUAAAUUAAAUUCCCUUUACUUUCGGCAUGGGUUGUCAGGCAGGUCCUGCUAAUUGUAAUUAAUUAAGAUACCUAAUUAUGUAAAAAAUAUUACAUAAAUAUAUAUGUAAUAAAUAUAUAUGAUGCGCCCCCAUCGCCAGCCCUUCUAAUGCUGCAGCCGCCUGAGCACUCUAUAGAGAGCGCUCAGACGGCUCCCGCACUGCCUCUCUUCUCACCUGUCAGCCCGGCCGGAUACCGCGCGGCACAUGAGAUUGAGUUACCUGUUCCCGGCCGGACUGAAAGGAAAUGAGCACUCAGUGUCACUUCCUUUCAGUCCGGCCGGGAACAGGUAACUGAAUCUCCUGUACCGCGCAGGACGAAGAGAAGAGCUCGGCCACCCACUCUGCACAGGGAAGGGGAGGUGAGAAGAACGUAGGGAGGAUUGGGGGGGGAGUAAAAAGAAUGGAGGGGGGGAGUAAAAAGAAUAUAUCGCAAUUAGCCUCCUGUGUGCUAGACCAGCAGGCAUGGAUUAUAUGCCCAAACAGCCUGGCACAUACCUGGGCUUUAAAUGCUAUUUCAGAUUAUCAUUAUUUAAUGUCUUGCUGUGUAGCUCUGUCUGCUCACUGUACAUCAUGGCUAAUUUUUAUUUGGUGUGCAUUGGAAGAGGGGUAGUCUUAUACGGCGAGUAUAUCCCAAACUCUAUAUUUUAACUGGAAAAGUUGGGGGUCGUCUUAUACGCCCAGUCGUCUUAUACGCCGGAAAAUUAUAUAUAUAAAAUUUUAAAAUAUUUUUAUUUAUAUAUAUAUAUAUAUAUAUAAUUUUUUAAAAUAUUUUUAUUUAUAUAUAGCUAUAUCUAUAGUGAUAUAUAUGUAUAUAUUUAUGUAUAUAGAUAUAUAUAUAUUUCGUUCUACAUGUAUUUUGAUAUAAAUAUAUAUUAUCACAAUACAGUUAGAAUGAAAUAACACACAUCUAUAUAUUUUUUUAAUUUUAUUUUUUAACGUAUUUACAUUUUUUUUUAUAUUUUAUAUAUAUAAAUAUAUAUAUAACAAUAAUUAUAUAUAUUUAAUCAGUAUCAGUCUACGUGUAAUUUGAUAUUAAUAUAUAUACUUUUUUUUUUUUUUACACUUUUAACAUUAUUUUAUUUUAUUUCCAGCCAGCACGGGGACCACCUGUCAUUACAGGCAGCCCCCCUGCUGGCGAUACAGAAGCCAGCUAUCCCGGCCAUGUGAUUGUGAGGUCCUCGCAAGGACCUCACUCUCACAUGGCCGGGGGGGGCUUCAGGACGUCGGAUGUGCGGGGGGGCUCCUGGUAAGUACAAAAAAAACGGAGGGCCUACUAUUACGCCCGGCGGCGUUUAGAGCCGCUUAAAAUAGGACGUAAUAGUAAGCCCUCCGGCAUUAAGGGGUUAAGCUGUUAAAUGGCAAAUAUUUAAUAUGCUAUGAUAAAACUUCUAUUCUAUUUUUAAUAUUAUCCUUUUAUUUAAAAAAAUAAAUAAAAAUUAUAUUUUCUCUGUGCCAGUUUCGGCUUCUCGCAUUUAUUGUGUACAAUCCUUACUGUUAUACAGCUGUAUGGUCUGUUCUAUGCUAUCAUCUUGUAUAUAUCAGAAACAUGACUAAAUUUAGUUUCUUAUCUUCGGAUGGAAUGCUAAAAGCUCUCUAAGUGCCAUAACCACAACAGCUUACUAUCCUUGUUAUGGUGCCAGCAGUAUUUGGUACUGUUAGUCAAGUAAUUGAAGGGACACUAGGGUCACCAAAGCAAAUUUACAUUAAUAAAGCAGUUUUUGUGUGUAGAGCAUGCAUCUGAGGUUUCACUGCUCAAUUCUCUGCCAUUUAGGAGUUAAAUCCCUUUUAUUUCUGUUUAUACAGCCCUAGACACAUCUCCCCUGGUUGUGACUCACAUACCCUGCUUAACCCCUUAAGGACCAAACUUCUGGAAUAAAAGGGAAUCAUGACAUGUCACACAUGUCGUGUCCUUAAGGGGUUAAAGGAACACUAUAGCCACCCAGACCACUUCAGCUUAAUGAAGUGGUCUGGGUGCCAGGUCCAUCUAGGGUUAACCCUGCCUGCUGUAAACAUAGCAGUUUCAGACAAACUGCUAUGUUUACAUAUGGGUUAAUCCAGCCUCUAGUGGCUGUCUCAUUGACAGCCGCUAGAGGCGCUUCUGCGCUUCUCACUGUGAUUUUUCACAGUGAGAAGAUGACAGCGUCCACAGGAAAGCAUUGAGAAUGCUUUCCUAUGGACUGACUGCACGCGAGCGGCUCUUGCCGCAAAUGCGCAUUCAGCCGAUGACGUCGGAAGGAGGAGGAGAGUCCCCAGCGCCGAGGGAGCCCAGGUGCUGGAGAAAGGUAAGUGAUUAACCCCUUCCUACCCCUAGAGCCCGGCAGGAGGUGGGCCAUGAGGGUGAGGGGGACCUAUUAACACUAUAGUGCCAGGAAAACAAGUUUUUUUUUUUUCCUGGCACUAUAAUGGUCCUUUAAAAACAAAAUGGUAUACUUUUCAAUCAGAUGUUACAAACUUUAAACAUUUUUAUCACCUGCUCUGUAAAUUGAACUUUAAGCACACACAGGGUCUAGCAAGUUAUUAUCAGAGCAGGAGAUAAGAAAUUGAUCAGUGAGACUGCUUGGGCAUGAUAUAUACAUUAAAACGGCUUAAUUAAGCCAAUGGUUUUUGGUGACUAUAGUGUCCCUUUAACAAAUCACUUUUUAAUGGUUUGACAAGCACAUGGCUCUCCAGCACACACAACCUGGUCAGUUGCAGCUGUGAUAAUAAAGUAUUUCACUUCCUCAUUAUCUGCCAAUAUUGGCACAGCAUUGAUUGAUUUUUGAGUACUCUGGAUGGGUAGACCAGGUGGGUUUGGGGCUUUGUUGUUUUGCAGGACAUUUUCAGAAUUUCUUUACUUUCCAACUUUGGGAACAAGGAAACCAAAAGGGGGCUGCCUGGAAAAUGUGGAUUAUAAUUUGUGCAUGUAGGCUUGCAUAUGUACAGAUCCCUGUAAUAUCCUUUAUUCAUGUGCAAAAAGUUGCAAAUCAGAUCACUUUUUUGUGAUUUUUUAAAGUGGCAUUCUUGGCAUUUUUAACCUACAUCCUACUGUUUUUUUGGGUUUUUUUUUUUAACAACUUAAAUCUUACCUGGGUCCCCAAGGUGCCCUCUUUCUGGCCUCCAUUUUGGAGAUUGCUAAUGCAGAAUUCCCUACUUCUGUCAAUGUCCAUUCCACCCGUGUUUGGACAAAAUUCAUGAACUGAGAGCAUCAGCUGACUCCAUUUAAAAAAACAUCUUGACUAUUUAAUAUUGGAUGGUUCCAUGGUGCUCCUGCCAUUUUAACCACCAGCCUGCCUAGACUGCCUCUUUAACACUUCACAUUUUGGAGUCCUGUAGUCAUACUUAUCACUUACCCGAUCUGAACUGUAUAAUUCUUUAAUUUGUGAUUCAUUUAGUCUUAUACCGAUAUAAAAGAACGUCUUUGUCUUGCAGCUGGAGGAGUGGUGGCUGAACGCGGCAUACCUUGAUGUGCGUAUGCCCUCUCAACUCAAUGUCAACUUCGGUGGUCCUGCUUCCUAUCUGGAGCAUUAUUGGCCAUCCAAGAACGGUACCCAGCUAGAGCGAGGAUGCAUAGCUACAUGGUACACAUUGCAAUACUGGGACCUUUUAAGGAGGUGAGAUCUCAUGUGUCAAAUUGUGUUAAAAUGUAUUCUUUCUUUAAUUGUGCCAAUUAUUUUUUAUUUUGUGCAUGUAUUUUUCAAAAGGCACAUUAGAAUAUUAUUGCAUAAAGAUUUUCUAUUAUUGUAUUUAUUCAAAAUGUAUUAAAUUGAGAAGUACAUACAAUGAAAAGGAUGCAGUCUAACUGAGAAUACAUAGUUAUCGGAAAGCAAUAUAACCAAAGGGUUGUACGUUAAAAGAGAGAUUACAUCAUCAUCGAAGAGAGACAACCAUAUAGAGAGUACCGCAUUGCAGUAUAUCGGUAACAUCUAACAGAGUAACUCUAGGCUUGUUGUUGCCAAACCUACAAGACAAUGUUAAGAAGUCAAAUUAAUAAGUUAAAGUGAGGUCUGGGCGCCCAAGGGGCAUAUAGGUUGGGUGUGGUAUUGCACAGCUUAAGGCCGGCGUUUGUGCCAGUGGUGCGUUGCACCCAUGGGGCAGCAUAAGGUUGUGUAAGGAGACCUAGCUGGUUACCGUGUCCCUAGGUCUGUGUUUCGUUCAUGGAGAGGUAUGGAAAGUAUCCUGACGGACAAUUAUGUUGCUAUUGGAGACUGGAACUAAAAUCGGACAGUCAACCUCACGAACCACCGCUGAAACUACCGAACGCCUGCUUCCUUUAGUUGCUGAACAGCCAGGAGUGCGCCAUUUGGUAGUUUGGUGCAUAUGAACAGCCAGGAGGAUCCAUUCGGGACUUUUUUAUUCGUUUUAUGCCAUUUACUGAAUUGACCGACCGCACACGCUGAUUUCGUGGAACUGUUUUGGGCAGGAGCCUCGUGUGUGGUCGGUAACUUAUGACUUCCAUACUUUUUGAGAACCCCUGAACCGAUCUGGGUGAAAUUUGGAUAUGUUGGGCCCCCAGAUCAGCUAUCAGUUAUUGAGUUAUUCCUUAAUUUAUCUCAGUAUCUCCCAGGCAGAGAGAGGGAGGUUACUGUAAAUCUGUAUGUUGAUUGGUUAUUGUCUUUGUUUACUGUGGGAGGUCCUCUUGCAGGAGGCUUCUCAUAAAAGCCAGUGUGGCCUCAAUAAAAAUCAUUCAUGCUACACCCUUCAUGAAGUCUAGGCUCAUGCUUGGGGAAUAGUCUACUUGCUGGGGAGAAUCGUCUUGGAAGCUGCAUUCAUCUACACUAUUCCUCUACCUCCUAACUGCAGUUAUCACUUAUGCUCAGCUAUUGGGAAAGGAAUAGAAGACCGCAGUACCAUAACCACUGCAGGUCUUAACAGAAGGUAGGACAUAUAGGUCCUCUAAGAAAGAGAGAGUGGUGAAGGUGAGGAGAAAAGGGGAGAGGGGGGAAAACAGGUUCAAAGAGGGGGUAAGUACAGGGGUGGAGAAAGAGGCAUGUAAGGUAUAAGUCAAGAAGGAGAAGGUGUAAGGCAAGGGGGGAAGAGCGGAGGUCAGACCUCCUAUCCCAGCCCGUACCCCCUCCCCCAGGUCAGCCGCCACACUCCUUGGCCUCUAGUCGGGCAGUGUCCUUUCCAUCAGGCAAAGCUCCAGGUAUAGUAACUCUGGGUCUGUGAUGCUAUUGCGGUGCUGGGUUGUUGGGGGACCCAUUUCAGCCAUCGGCCGGUCCAGGUAGCCCUCUGUUCUUCACCUCUGUUUAUGGGUUUCCGGUGCUGGUAGCGGAAGACAACCAGUUGAGCCAGUGGUACCAGGUGUCAUAGUAAGAUUGUGAGCGGCCGGUUGCAGGUAGAAUCGGUUCUUCAAUUUGUCUGAUGUCCUCCACCCUGCCAUAAAGAUUUUCUAAAUACCUUCAUAAAGUUUAUUUUUUUUUUUAUUUUUUUUUUAAAAUGUCAAUACAUUUUCAUCAGUAAUUUAUUGUCAUAGCUUUAAGGGUUACUUCAACCCUCCCUGCUGGGGCGAAGGUCUUGGGCUGCUUUCCACACCCCUUUCCUGAUGUUGCACCUUCCGUCACUUGGUUCAGUCAAAGACUUCUCUAUGCUUCUGCUCAAUGACUGCACAGUUUAGCCUGCUCUCUGAGCCAACAAGGGGCGAGGGAGGGGAGACAACCUAAAAAAUUGAAUGCGGAGUAUAGGGAGGCAGGAGGAAUGCAGGGAAGGAGGGAGGGAAGAGCCUGAAAGGGGAGAAGCAGAUUACACCCGUUACAAGCAUGCAGUGCGCGCUUACAACAGACCUAAAAUAUGCACAGAAUUGAAAUUGGCAUUCUGGAACAGAAUUUUGGGCUGCCAAAGUAAUGCCUGCCGGGGAUGUAAGUAGCCCCCAGGGAACAAGUGCAAAUAACUCUGGAUGUGCAGUGAUCAAGUUGAAACAUUCCGCAGCCAGAUUCCUUCCUCCAUGACCACUUCAAAAGUUGGAGUAAUCCUUUCACUUCUGCUUCUAGCUCAGACAAUGACAGAAUUACAUGUGCUCAGCACACUCCCACAAUAAGCAGGACAAGCAUUAGUACAUCUAGGGUUUACUUACAGUCUGAUCCAUGUAAUAAACCACCCUUUGAAUGUAAUGUUUAGACUAUUUAUUUAACUGCAUUUCUCCUCUCACUUGUAAUAUACAAUGAGAAGCCUUGUUCAGUCCUCAACCAGACUGCAGGCAGACAGAACAGACAUACAGUGCUAUACUUUCUUUGUGUCUGUCUGAUUGACCUCUUCUUCUAAUACAGACUAUCUGGUUUAUAAUAACUCUGCUCGCUCAGAGAUACCUGUGGCUGAGUUAUUUUUUUUUGUUUUUUUUGUUUUUGCAUAUUUUUAUGGUAAAUUCAGUUUUUGUUUUUGCAGAAAUAAAAAAACAAAACAAAACUAAAUGAUAAUAGAAAGAUUCCUCUCAAAAAUUAAUAAUAAAAGCCACAAAUAAAAUAUGAAAAGAAGAAAAAAGCUAAAAACCUACUAAAGAGAAAAAGCAGUGAGUUACAAAAUACUGAGAUAGGUCAUGCGGUAACAGGUCUAUAAAAUUUAUUGUCAAAAUAACAAAACAAGAACUAAAUGGUAACAUUAAAGCAAGUAGCAGACCACCAAAGUCACCAAUGGACACUAAAAGUUACCAUAUAUGAGUCCUGUAAAUUAUCAGUAUCGCAAAGGUACUUGUAAAGGAUCUCUAAUAAAAUCCAAAAGAUGCACAAUUAAACAAGCGGUCUGCUAGAACGUUAACAGCUUGGCAGAUGUCUUCACAGGAAUAAGGUUGCCUUUAGCGUACAAACGUCUACGUGUUUCGUUCCGUGGGACUUUGUCAUGACAGAUUUUUGAUUCACGGCAAACUUAUAUUCAUAAACUCCAAUCCAAACAGAGUGUAUAGUAUAAAACGUAACUUGUAUUGAUAUAAAUAGAACAACUAAAAGUAAUGACAAAAAUAUCAGAAGAUUCACGUGUAGAGUGUACAAAAACUUCUAAAGUCAUGAACAAACACUGUUCCGGCUGAGGCUGUAAUGUUCUUGACUUCUAUUAUUGCGCUGUAGUUAGGAAGCGUGAGUACACAUAUCUUUUUGAUCUGCACACUUAUAUGUAUACACAUUAUUUUUCUUGAACCUGUCCUGUUACUACAUGUUCUGCUCUGGAUGAUUAUAUCUAACCUAUAUCACUAGUAGUAAGCUACAAUAUGUAACUUUGGCGAUGGACACAUUGAACAGAGAUGGUUGCUAUUUAGUUAAUAUGUAUUUGUAUUCCCUGUAAACUAUUUAUUGUCCAUCUGUGUUUCAUGAUUUUAUGUCUGUUUUUGUACACUCUACACGUGGAUCUUAUUUGAUAUUUUUGUCAUAUUUGUUUUAGUUGGUAGAUUUAUUUCAAUACAAUUUGUUUUAUAAACAAUGAACAGCCUUGACUGUCAGGUUGCUAUCUAUGAAGCUUUUAGAGGGUUAAUUCUGCUUUUCUGUUAAUUUUCUAAAGAUUUAUAUGACUAACUAGCUCUUGUCCUGUUUUUAUUUCUCUUUCUUUUUUUUUUUUUUUUUCUUCAGUGCCAAUCCAAAUAGUAUUUGCAGAAACCAGAUCACAGAUCCAUUUACUAGAUGUAAACUCUUUUCUAUUACAGAGAGAAGCUAGAGGUACAGAAGGCAAAGAGCACUCCUCUUGAUAUGCACCAGUUCCACUACUUGUUCAAUACUUGCAAGAUUCCAGGUGUCACUAGAGAUUCUAUUGUCAAUUAUUUUAAAACUGGUAAGAAAGGGCCUUUGGGGAAAUUCUCUGUCCUGCUAACACUGACGCGUUUUGAAACGAAAAACAAAUGUAAUUUGUGAUGGCCUCACAAAAAUAUUUUUCCAGAUGCAUUAGCUUUGCACUUAAAUUCUUACUUUAAGCACCAUAACAACCGUGCAUUAUUGCAAAGUUUAUGGUACAGAGAGAAUCAUGCACCCACUUUCAGCUCAAAAAGUGGCUUAUAAGUGUAGAGACUUGCUACUGUUGCUAUUAGACUACUCCUCACAGCUGUCAAUCUUUUGAACUGCCUGUAGCAAUUUUGUUUAUUUUGUGCAUGUGCAGUGUGGACUACAUAGAUUCCAUCUUCCAUCUAAAUUCACCACAUCCGAAGUGACCAGAAAGUCAGGGGCAUCAAUGUCUAGGUCCUUGAUUUGAGUUACUGUUCUUAGUAUGAUGAACGUAUGAUCUGCCCGAACUCGCCAAUAGCUGAAGUAAACCAAAGAUGGUUAAGGGCUGAAAAUGUUAGUCUGGUCCUGUUGCAAUCGGAAGUCCAAGAAGAUGAAUUGAAUUUUUUUUUCUUUAAUUUUGUAUUUUAUUGAAAAUAUUUUAAAUCUGCAAUGGGAUACAGAACAAAAAGGGGGAAGGGAGCACAACAUGGAUAGUGUUAUAAGCAUCAGUUAACAACAGGAUUUUCAUAUAGUAAGUCGUUAUAGACAGUCAAGAUAAGUUAUGUUAAUGCAUUUUCAGUGGUAUCAGUGUAAAUGAUGGUUAGAAUCCCAGUAUACGUACGUUGUCUCAGAGUUUUAACUUAGUAGAGGUCCUUUCAUGUUCCAAGUUGGUGAAUAAGCUCCCUUUAGAGUGUGUAGGGGAACAUCUUGCACACUAGGGGGCUCAUACCUCUAAAGACCUAUAGGGAUUGGGGGACUGUUGGUAGCAAUUGAGUAGUAAUCCACACCAGUUUGUGUCUAGGAGUGUAUAGUUUCAUAACAGGGGUUACAUUUGCAGAUAACACUAUGUUUUGAUAUGGUGAUUGCUUUAGUGGGUGGAAUAAAAUAAUUGUAAGUAGUUGAGGGCUUUGUUUCUAGUAAUUGUUGUUGUUUUAUAAGUGUUUUUUUGUUUUUGAGUCCCUAUGUGGCAAUUGUAGUUUGUUGUAGUGCGAUUUGUCCUGUCACACCGUUUGUGCGUGUCCCAUUGUGUUGCCUCAGAAACUGUUCCAUAGUAUUACAUUGUCUGUUCGAUGAUGUCUAUCUUCCAAGUUUUUGACAGCUUUAUGUGAUUCGGCAGUCAAUUUCUCAUAGAGAGAGUUUUGGUUUAUUUUAUCGUGCUAUUUGCUUGUGGGGGGCAAAAUGGUUUCUUCCAGCACAAUUUUAUUACGUUUCUAACCGCUAGAAUUACUAUUGCUGCAACUUUCUUAGAUAUUAUCGACCAUGUGGUGGGAAACCGGAAAAACAGGCCUAUAGUUGAGGUUAGUGGUAGUUCUGUAAUCUUAAAAACAGUAAGCACUGUCGUUAUCUCCUCCCACAGGGAUUUUAUCCCCAGGCAUUCCCACCAUAUAUGUAACAUGUUUCCCUCAUUAUUACCGCAUCUCAGUCUGGUUGUACAUUUGGGUAAAUUAUGUAUAGGUGGCUGGUGGUUGCAUACCAGUGGUAGGCCAAUGUUGUAUGAGCUUCAAUGUGGGAAUAGCAUGAGGUCAAUCCAUUGAGAGAUUGUAACCAUUGUGUAUCUGUGGGGUGCAUGCCCUCUUUUUUUUCACAAGUCGCGUUUUUAUAGGGAAACUAUAAAAGACUUGUGUCACUGGGAAUUUAUUACGUGAGAAGGAAUGUUGUGAUAUCACUUUGUCAGACAAUGCUUUGUCAAAUAUAGUUCUAGGAAUCCUAGAAACGUGUAGUAGGAUCACUUUAAGAAUCUUAUGAUUAAAAUGCCACUUAAUUGUCAUAUAACCUCUUCAUGAUAGUCUAUUUCGUUCUGAGUCGCUAUCAAGCCACUUUUGUCAGCUUCUUGAUAAUAUCAGGAUUUUAGGUCUAUUCCCUGUGAUCUUAGAGAAAUCCCUGAUCACCAUGUGCAAUGGUUCCACUAUACAAUUUCAUUUAUGAGCAGUUUCAACUGAUUUUGUUCGCAUCAGUGAAAGCAGUCACAGCAGUAAUGUUAGAGCAUGUUCCAUUGAUUUCUAAGGGGAAACUGCUUUCUGUUCACUAAAGCCUCACUGUUUGAAAUAAACAUGUUUCAGGGGCAGGAGGAUGAGUAAUCCAGAAAGGAAAUAAACAUAUGGGGUUAUUCGGUAUAGUGAAAAUUCAAAGUUAAUUUCAAAUUUUAGGACAAGUAGUUGAAGAACUAUAAUUGGAAAAUUUGACCAAUUUGACUGUUGGGCAGGGUUAUCUCCUAACGUGAGAAUACAAAGUACAUUUCAGGCCAGGGGAACUGAAUGGAAAGUAUAUCUAAUCUGACUUUAUUCCAGUACGGCUAUUUUCACCUUAAAUGUAAAAUUCACGUUGAUUCACACUUUUGUGAAUAACCCUGAGUGAAAAAUUUGAAAUCCAUGUUGAAUUCCUGACAAUUUACAAUUUAGUGGGGUGAUAGCAGCAACUAAUAUUCUAACAAGGCUAACAAUUCAUAUUGCUAUAUCCCUGGUUUUGAAACCUGCAUGUAUUUGGCAAGGGUAAGUAUAGCUUUUCACAUGCCAAAUUAAUUCAAUAUAUUGAUUUUUUUUUUAAAUUUUUUUAUUUUUAUAAAGUUACAACAUUCAUGUGCUUAAAGGGACACUGUAGGCACCCACACCACUUCAGCUAAUUGAAGUGGUCUGGGUUCUGUGUCCCUUUUGCACUUAGUGCUGCAAUGUAACACAUUACAGUUCCAGAGAAGUGCAAUGUUUACAUUGCAGCUCUAAGUCUGCCCUCAGUGGCUGUCUACCAGACAGCCACUAGAGGGCUUCCUGAAUCUAAAAUGACUUUUGGUCCGUUAUCUGAUGCUGGACGUCCUCACGCUCUGCAUGAGGACCACCAGCGUCAGAUUUUUCCCUAUAGGGAAGCAUUGAUUCAAACCCUUUAUUUACUGGGGGGAGGGACAAGGGAGGGUUGAGGCAGGGGGAGCGGUAGUACCAGGAAUACAGAUUUGUAUUCCUGGCACUACAGUAUCCCUUUAAACACUGCUCUGGCCUGUUUGCAAUGUAUUUUAUGUUCACAGUGUAGUAAUAUGUUGCCUUCUCCACUUCAAAAAUGACUUAAAGCCAGUUUCUGUUUAGGAUCAGUGUAAUGAUUUAUGGAGGUCUGACUUGAUUACAUUUCUUGUUCUUUUCAUUUCAGAGAGUGAAGGUAGAUGUCCAUCUCACCUGACCGUAAUGAGCAGAGGAAGAAUAUUCACUUUUGAAGCAGUGCACGAAGGCCAGAUCCUUACGCCUCCUGAGCUGCUAAGGUCUAUAAACACUUAUGCUGAACAUAUAUGGCUUGGAAUAGUAAAAUUGUGGAGACCUCCUACUACUCAUAAGGAUAAUGUUAAACUUUGGCCUCCCAGCUGUUGUUGAACAGUAAAUUACAUAAUUUUGGGAAUUAAAGGAAUAGUAUAGGUAAAAACUUGCAUAUCCUCGUUUCCCCCCGACCAUAAACUUACUGUCACUAAAUGCUUUUUUCCCUAAAUAGCGUGAAAAUUAGCUUUAGAAGUACAUGUUUUAAUCUUUACUUUGAUCAGAUAUUCUACUCCUCCUCUGAUUGCAUGUCAUUUCCCCCUUUGCUAUCUCCCUGCUUCCUGUAUUUCAGCCAGACUGGCCACCAAUGGCCAUGCUUCAGUGAUUCUCUGUCAGGCUUCCCCAAACUCUGGCCCUCCAUAUGUUGCUGAACUACAACUCCCAUGAUUCUAUGAAUUAAAUAGAUAGGCUAGGAAUCAUGGGAGUUGUAGUUUGGCAACAUCUGGGGGGCCGAAGUUUGGGGAGGCCUGCUCUAUGAGAAUGUGUAAUGACACACCCACAAUGCCUGUCCAAGAAGUACUCAACCUAAGUUACACUACAAAUACAUCAUUCAAACACUAGAACUUACAUAACACAUCACACACACUAACAUUCCCUUACCACAUUAGGUAUCAUAUAGUGUCAUAUGUUUAUUAUAAAUAUGAAGAGACAGACAAACUCAUUUGUGAUCUGUCUGUCUAUCUGUCGAGGUUGAUUAACAUGGGUUGGAAGGGUAAACAGUGAGUAGGGAGGUUGACGGACAGGGGUUGGCAAGGAAGGGGUUAACAGUGGGUAGGAAGGUUGACUGACAGGAAUUGGCAAGGAAGGGGUUAACAGUGGGUAGGAAGGUUGACUGACAGGGACUGGAGGAGAAUGUAUUACUUGCAUUACUGGGAGAGAGGGAGGGAGAGGAGCACAUAAGCAUUAUAGCCUUGUCUCUGUGGUGCAGUCUGUGCUGUGAGCAUUCCUUACACUAGAUAAGACACGCCUCUAUUUUCAUUGGCUGAAGGAGAUACGUUUUUUUCAGAGACUGGAAAUCAGGAAGAUGUUGAAAUGUAAGGGGGGGGGUGGCUAAGGAGGUUGGUUUACACUGCUGGAAAACGGCAAAACAUUUUACAGCACUGCAGGAAAACUACACAGAAUUGAAAGAAAAGAAACUAACCACAGGUAUUUUGAGCUUAUUAGCUUUACUUUAAGCUUAACUUGUUUAGCUACCUGGAAUAUCCCUUUAAUUGAAGUAAAAUCAAACAGCUGAAGAGCUGAAUUAUGACAGCCUUGUCUAAAAGAACAUCACAUACUUUUGCAGGUAGCCAUACACUGAUGGGACUUUGACUUUAUUUUCAGAGGUCUCCAUUUACUUUCUUUUUUUCUUCUUUCUUUUAGGCAGCUUACGUAUAUUCAGAAUAUAUGCCAAAAUGAACCUAAUGGAAUUGGAUUGUCUUCCUUAACCACAGAAGAGAGAACACGCUGGGCUUUGGUUAGUAACUAUUUGUUGGAAAUACAAAAAUGUAAUGUUUUUGUUUUUUUACAUUUUGUUUAUUAUUGUUUGGCUAUUCGCACAUUGAUAUAAAAUAUCGACUAUAGGUCUAUGGCUAUAGACCAUUAUGCUUACCUGGGAGCCAACCUACUGUUUCUACAGGAGACUUAUUUUUGUGAAGGCUAUAUGCUUACAUAUUGGGUUAUUAUUAUUAUUAUUAUUAUUGCCAUUUGUAUAGCGCCAACAGAUUCCGUAGUGCUUUACAAUAUUAUGAGAGGGGGGAUUUAACUAUAAAUAGGAUUACAAAAACUUACGGGAACGAUAGGUUGAAGAGGGCCCUGCUCAAUCGAGAUUACAUUCUAUAGGAGGUGUGGUGUAAAACCAGAAGGCCUACCAUGCUUGCUUAUCUACAUAGCGCCUGGGUGUUUCAGUUAUGAGUUGGUCUAUAAGGUUGGAAGUAACUUCCAUCCAUGUCAAAGAAGGGAGAUUUGUCCUUCUGGAUGUUGUACUGAAUGGUGCUAAUAUGCAAUUCUUAAAUGUUUAUGUGCCUCGUGAAUGGAACCAAUGAUUUCCCUUCUUGAGACUAGGUCUCCUUGACUCCUUUUGAUUGGAAGAUAUUUUAAUCUCUUUGAUAGGCGCUUCUGUGAAAUAGCACAGUAAAACUCUAUUUCUAUCAGAUUGUAUCAGAGAGACCAUCUAAUUGGCCUAGCGUGGAGUUUAGCCGUGCAUGUGCACUAACCUCACAAUGCUUUCCUAUGGAAAAGCAUUGGAUUGGCUGAGAUCAUCAACACUGAUGAUUUUAGCAGAAGAGGCUAAACUUCACAGAGGAGACCAGUGCAGUGAGGACUGAAAGGUAAGUAAACUACAUUUUUACAUAUUUAUAUUACUAAUGUUAUAGGAUUCCUUUAAAAUUUUCGGAAAAUAUUAGAAUUAUAAAUGAUGUUGCGAGAAACUAAUUCAGGAGCGUAGACCAGUAUUUCUUUAAUAAAGGAAUAAAACAGACACAUUGGUUGAUAUAUUACAUUUAGUUGGAAAAGAGUAUUUCAAAGUAAAGGUUAAUGUCUCUAUCUACAUUUGCAUACAUUUCCUGGUCAUUCAACAAGCCCUCAUCAAGGUAAUAAUGUCAACCUCUGAUGAAUGAACAUUCAUUCUCUUGUUCUCUUCUGAGCCUGGACACUAUAAAAGCUUUAUAGCACCUAGUAGAUUGAAAGUUUUUGCGGAGGAUCUUGGAAGAGUUCGUACUACCAAUUAAGUUCAUAUCUGCGAUCAGACCCAAUACGCUUCCCCUACUGCAAAGGCUUUAACAAUUGGGGUCCAGAGAGGUGUGAAUAGCAAUUUGAACAAGACAAGGUUGCCCUUUAUUGCCCCGUCUAUUUGCUUUAUAUAUUAAGUCACUGAUGUUGUUAGAAAUGAUUUAAGUGUGAGGGGAAAUGAACACGAACUCUCUGAAUAUAAUAUCAAACUUUUCUUAGAUGCCAUCUUGCAAUCAGUUACUCAGCCAAAAAAUGUCUCUACCUAGUAUAAGAUAAGUAUCAAUUUAUUCCAGGAUUUGGGGCUACAAACUAAUGGAGCUGAAAUGCAUAGGUUUCAAUGUAUCCAUCGUCCUGGUGAGUUUGUAAGUUUAUCACAUCUCCAUUUAUUCCAGGAUUGUGCACCAUAAACCAAGCAGCAAAAAUAUAUAGGUCUUGAUAUCUCCAUGGAUCUUGAUGAUGAGUUUGUAAGCUUGUCACAUUAUUUUGACUUUUGAAGCAACACUCUAGAGAUCAAUAUGUCAAUAAUUAUACCCCGCUAUUUAAAAAUAACAAAAAAAUAAAAAAAACACUUCUUCAUGAACUUCUGAAGAGCUGGACACCUUACAGCAUUUCACUGAUAGGCUGGGUUCAUUCAGUGAAGAUGAUGUUGCUUCAAAAAAAACAAACCUCUCUUUAGGACACUUUGGUGGCAAUUUAAUAUGAAUGUCUUUACAAAAACAUAUGCUCCACUUUGUCUAGUCUGGAAAAAGAGACAGGCUAUCCUCUAGUGUAGCCCUUCGGUCAAAGGAUAGAGGAUGUUUGGUUGCUCUUAGCCUGUUCUCAUUUUAGAAGGCUGCACAGUUCGUUCAGGGUUUCAAAUGGAACACCAAAAUGGUUGUUCAUUGAUGUAUCAACUUCAAUAAUUAUUUCUCUUCCACACUUCAAAUCUUUUCUGGGUUGACUGAGUAAGAGUGCUAGAGAUGACAAUCCGAUGCUAUGGCUCAUACUUAUAGAUUGUGGAAGGAAAGGGAAAUAAAUAUAAUAUAUAUGUGUCUCUAGAUUUGAGUGCCCUAUUUCUAAUUCAGUUGUCUUUUUAUGCCUAUUCUUUUCAAUUUUCUUGGGACCACACUGUGAUCAUAUGUGGCAAUAUAUUUUUAUUUAUUUUUGUAUAAUUUACUUUUACCUUAAAACAUAUAUUCUUCUCCAAAAAAAAUUAGAUUUGAAGGGAAUGUGUGUGUGCCACAAAAAAAAAAAAUCAUGCUAUAUAAUGUCAUAGAAAACUAUUAUUUAAUUCGUUACCAUUUCAGGCUCGUGAACAUCUUCUGAACCUUGAUCCAAAGAAUGCAUCCAGUCUGGAAAAAAUUCAGAGCAGCUUGUUUGUUGUGUCUAUUGAUGAUUCGAGUCCUCUGGGAACAGCAGAUGAUUAUAGCCAGGUAACUUGGAAGGUUGAGGUCAGCGAGGUUAGAAACACUGUACCAGCGGUUCAAAUUCUCAUUUAAGGCAAAGCAUUUGAAUGUGACAGUUGUUGCAGAAGAAAACCUGUCCCUUUAACUUGCAGGUUAGAUCAAGAUAAAUAUUACUAGGAACAUUAAAUCUUUCUUUUUGAAUUUAGAUUACAAAACUGGCGCUUACUGGGGAUCCAACUGUACGUUGGGGAGACAAGUCGUACAACUUCAUUAUGUGGCAAAAUGGGGUGUUUGGAUCCAACUGUGAUGUAAGUAGACAAUAUUUCUUGAUCUCACUUCACCAAUGUCCUGUCAACAUUUGGCUUUGUUUUGUUAUAAAAAAUGUAAAACUAUAUAAAAUAUUGUACUAAAAAAAAAGGCUUUGUAAAAUGUGCCAAAUCAGCAUUCCAAGGGUUGUAUAAUGGCUGACAAUAGCUUAAAUAUGUUUAAAAUGAUCAGGAUUAAUAUCAGAUCUGCAGAACUGACCAGAUGAAUAUGAAAUGUACCUGAUUAAAAACCCUUUAUUUACUCAACUUUUCCUGGGUUCUGGCUCCAACCCCUCUGAUGGCCAGCAACGAGCAGGCGUUAAUGCGCGUGAGCGGCCUCCCCCAUAGGAAUCAAUGCUUUCCUAUAACCAAAAAAUCUGACGCUGAUGGUCCUUAUGCAGAUCGUGCGGACGUCUAGCAUCCGUUUCGAUUCAGGAACCUCUCUAGUGGCUGUCUGGUAGACAGUCACUGUGGGCAGACUUAGAACUGCAAUGUAAACAUUGCAGUUUCUAUGGAAUUGCAAUGUUUAACAUUGGAGCACAAUGUAGAUAAUGUAGACUUUAGGCAAAACUUUGGCACUAAGCAGAAAUGUAGAUGCCUAAUAUUUUAAAAUUCAUCUACAAAACUGUGAAAAAAUAAAUCACAGUUUACAAGAUGUAUGUUUUUGUGACAUUAUCAUGUAAAACUCUACAUCAUUAUCCACAUAUGCACAUUGAGAGCCCUGAAUGUCCUCUGAUAGCCAGUUUGUGCUGAAAGAUAAGUGGAUUCCGACCACAAAAACAUUCAAUAGGUGUGGGGAGCUUGGUGUCAGCUUUCACAAAAGGAAGCUCCCAGCAGGUUAGAUACAAAUGUACACCAUACACAGGGAUACAGUGUUCCUAUUAUACAAAUAGACAUAACAUAGUGUAAUACAGUUUAUACAUAUAACAUUGCACUCACUAGAUAGAAAAUGUGAAUCCACAUGAUGGUGCCAAUAAUGGGGAGCUAGUUGCUUUAUUGAUGUCUCCAACCUACCUUCUGAAAGGCUUGGGACAAACCAGGGAAUCCAGCCGGAUUUUGAUUAAAAAAAAAUAACCUUUUAUUUUAAAACGGAUAAACAGAAACACUGUCCUACACGUUUACUUUCCUUAGGGACUUCCCCAGGAACCAGAUAUUAAAAACAAUUAAAGAUAAAGUGCGUCAUUUGAAGAAAAAAAAGAGAACUUAAUGUUAAAGUAGAGAUUCUGAUCUAGACUCUAAUGGCUCCUCUGUUAAUGCCUUGAGAACAAAAGGCAGAUCUCAUGGAGUCAAGAAUAUCUCAAUAUUCCCAGGUCAACCAUAUUGGAUGACAUAUUCUAUGGCAGUCCUAGGAACAUGCUCAGAUCACAGGGAUAAUUUAAAAGCCCUAAAAGUAAUUACGAUGUUCAGGUAAGCAUCUUGGACUGCGCCACACUAUAAAUCUCAAUCGGUAAGAAAACCUGAUGGUCACUUGGCUAUGACAGCUUCUACCAUGCCACAGACUUACCAGGCAAGUCUUUAAGUAAUCUUGGACAUCACCAACACUGCAUUCUGCAUACCAGGACAAAGAACAAAAAUAAGGAGGCUAGUAACAUGUGCUUCACUUCACCAAGAAUGUGUGGGGUGCAAUCAUCAGAGUCUUCUCUCACAUAUCAAAUCACAGCAUUUAACUAAACCCCAACAAAAAUCUUUUUAGAAAGACAUUCUUUAUUUCAUCACCAAAUGAACCUGGCCAGGUCUAUUUUUGAUGGUGGAAUUGAGAACAUCUUUCUAAAAAGGUUCUUGUUGAUGUUGUUGCUCGGUUAUAUGACUGCAUGCCAUAACAAAAUACAAAAUCCCACAAUGUGCUUCUCUACCCAACGGAGAAUCUGUACCACAUAGCUCUGCCCAGGCAGGCUCUUUACUGGUUUCUUUGGGAGAAAGAGACUGUACUGUCCCCAGAAAGAUCAUGAUAGACCUGGUAAUAAAGACUAAAAUAAAAUGUAUCUUAUGUUAAAAAGUACUGGGAAGACAAGAAGGUAGUCUUCGCAUAUACAUAUUUCUGUCCUGACAGCUAGAGGCUAACCCAGAAGUGAUGCUGCCAUAAUUAGGUAAAAAAAUAUUUUGAGAAGAAGCAAUCUACCCUUACAGCAAUACAGAAAUGUUAUUAAAACACAUUAUCCAUUCAGCUAUGUAAAAAUAUUAAACUUACUAAUGCACUCUGCCUUCAUUAUGAAUCUCAAUCUGACUGUAGACACUUAUCUUCAAUCUUUCAGCACGCACCAUACGAUGCCAUGGUACUGGUAUCAAUGUGUGAUUACAUUGAUCAAAACAUCAUCGCGUGUCAUGGUCGCUGGAAGGUAUGUUUCUAUUGAAUUGUUACUACAAAGGAUGCACUUUAUUUGCUCUUUAAAUUUAACUAAACUGAUGCAAUACUUUUUUGGCAGGGUUCCACUGCUGUUAGAGAUCUCUCCCAUCCCGAAGAAGUUACUUUCACCGUGGAUGAAAAAGUACUGCGGGACAUUGCUCUUGCUAAAGCUCAGUAUUUGGAACAGGUAUGGACUCAUUAUUUUUUGUUAGGAUUUUUAUUUUUCUUCUGUUCUUUGUUACUUCAGUUUCAACUGAUCGAAGUGGUCAGGAUCCAAACAAAUCCUCAGACCAACACAUUCCCUUCGAUUUUUCAAUAUGGAAAUCAAUGGAACAGAAAACAUUACAUUUUAGAUUGUGGGUUAAACAUAUUAAACUCCUAAAUUCAAUGUAGUUUAGAAUAUUCUAAGGACAACUUAUGUGAGUUAUAGAUAAUACUUUCAAGCAUUUCUCCAGACCACAGUUAAAUAUCUAGCAUACUAAACAUUGAUAGCAUUUGAACUUAAUGUCAGAAGUGUUAAUGACAAAUCUGAUGAUUAAGAAUUUUAGACUGAUUCCAAUUUUUUCCCUCCUGGAUGCCUUGAUUAGAGUUUAGAAAUAUAUACAUUGUAGAUUUUUUUUUUUUUGACAAGGUUAAGAAUCUAUUCCUCCUUGGUUUUGCCUUCUCCACGCUUGUAGGGAUCUGGGACUGAUAGAAGUUUUGCUGUAGCCACCAAGGAGAUGUUUCCAUAUUUCAUUUUUAUAAAGAAUAAUACAUGUCACAAAUUUACUUGGAGUGAUGACCCUAGAAACCAUGUCUGGCUACAAAUAUUACACCAGAAUCUGUGUGUUUGUCAUAUUAAGGAUCCAAAGUUAGAAUCGAGAAGUGCCCUAUAUUUACUGUUUAUCCUCCUUACAACCUAUUAGAAAUUGACCAUAACAAUGUUGCAUGUAUAAUUUUUUUUCUUAGGGUUCUGAUUUGCAGGUAGCUAACUACGCAUUUACAGAUUUUGGAAAGAACCUCGUUAAGAAGAAGAAACUUCACCCAGAUACCUUUAUCCAGCUUUCUCUUCAGCUGGCCUAUUUCAAGCUUUAUGGCCGGUAAGCUUUGGUACUUUCAGUUAUUCCUUAUGAGUUUAGGUUCACGUUCUCUUCAAAUGGAACCCAGGAUUGGUGAUGGCUUCCCUUCAGAUACAUUAAUUAAUAUAUAUAUAUAAUAUAUGGGAUCUUUACUUCUGUAGCUCAUGUACCGAGGCAGAAUGUUCUCCUCUCCCUGUUGGUAGCCCUAUUACCAUUCUCUCUGACCUUCAGUCCAUCUUUAGUGUGGUUUUUUUGUCCAUCAUCUCCCUUUCUCUUACUGGCUGUCCUUUUUGUUUGUUCUUCUUUUUUUCCCAUUUGUAAUAUUAUUUAACUCAAAUCACAUAUGCCAUUUGAUAUAAUCAUUUGUUGGUUAAUGACUGCAUGUAAUGUGCUGGAUGGAACAUUUGCUGAAAAAACCCACCUACUUUUAAUAAACAUAAUGUGCCUUAAUAGUAAAAACAAAGGGCUAGAAGGUGCAACCCCCCUACUUUACCCUUCAGUGUAGCGCUAAAAGUAUAUAACUAAUGAUAUUGAUAUCACUUACCCCUAUUAAAGCACUGAGAUAAAAAAAUAUUAUUUCUGUGCUAGAUGGCGAAGAGAAAUUAACAUAGUGUAUGUCCAAAAAUAAGGGAAAUAUGCGAAAAAUAAAUAGUAAAAAUCACAAGGAGGGACUGGCUCCAAUCACAAUUGGCUUGGUGUUUAGGUGACACCCUCCCUCUUCUUUUCCUCUACAGAUGGACUCGGAAAUAAGCACAAAGAGGGAAAUUCCGGGUAAAGAAUAUCACACAACAAAUACUGCUCACCUUGAUUAGAGGUAGAUGGAAUUAUUAGCCGGUAGGACUUGAGAAUCCAAUAAUAAAUUUUAUCUAAACAGAAAUAUAUAACACAUAAAAACAAAUUAAAAUAAUUGUCAAAAAAGCAUUUCUACUUCUCCAAGACGCGUUUUUCCCAGUCCUUGGGCUUUUCCAAUCCUUCCUAGUACUCCUUCCUAGGGAGGUGGGCUAUGAAGGAAUACCUCUGCUUGAAAAAGCCUACGUGAGAAGUAGGCGGUCGCACAUUCUAGCCAUUUGUUUUUACUAUUUUCUAGUUUUGCUGGAUUAAGACAUUUCCAUCUAGGUGUGGUAGCAGCUGUCAAGUUUGACAUUUCUAUAAUAUUUAAGUGCCUUCUUAACACAGAGCACUUUUCCAUAGUGUGACUUAACAUGAACCAGCUGUAGACAAGACUUUCUGACCAUUUCACACUAAAAAGAAUGAUUCGGUAUAUAUUUUCAAUCCCUUCAUUAAACUAUAAAUUUGAUUAUGUUGAUAUUUCCUUCUCUGCCACCUCAUCAAAAUAUGCUUACCCCAUGUAAUUAUGAAUACUUUCAAUCUCCUCUCCUUCAAAUUAAACUACCAGUUGCCCUUUUUUUUUUUUUUUAACUUUAGCCCCGGUAGCUGUUAUGAAACCGCGUCUACACGGGUUUACUAUCAUGCCCGUACAGAGACUAUGAGGCCGUGCACCGAGGAAGCCAUGGAAUGGUGUCGCUCCAUGGUAGACCCAAAUGCCACUGUAAGUCACAACAUGGCUCAGUGACUCACACAAUUAUUGGGUUUCUGCUAAUAUCUGCUAAUGGAAUGGUUUAGUUAGCAUUUGUGUAGAGUUCUGGACCUAAUGAAAUGUCAAUCAAGUUUUUCUGAUAUUGUGUAGUGAGAAUCAUAAUAUUAUAUGUGAGAAUCUAUGUCCUACAGCCAUCAACUGAUUGUUUCAACCAUUCUAUGUCAUAAACUUACAGUAAGCCAUAUACAGAGAUACAAAUGAUCAAUCACUUGCUUUCCAAAUCAGCUUAAUCUCUAUUCUAUAUAAUAUAUAUUUUAGUUUUUAAUUGAAUUUAUUUUUUAUGUUAAAGUUAGAUAUUUCAUUUAGUAAGUGUACAGAAGAGGCUUGCAGUAUGUAUACUUUUGGGUAUGUUUUACAAGGGCUGAGCGUGUAGGUCCUUCUUUAAAGGCCAAAUUUGGGCUUGUUCCCUUUUAUACUCAUGUGCUGCACAUUUCACCAGAUAAUUUGUUUUGUGAAAAGAAACAAGAAGUACUGUAACCACUAGAGCGUAUUGUACUCGUUAUCGUGCUAAGAGGCUAUGGCUGGAGAAUGAAGUGUUAGUUCUUCAGUCAACUAAGAUAAAAUCCAUAAAUUCAGUUCAAGGUUUGUUAGAAGAUACUCUAGGACCUGCCUGAAUUGUUAUUAGCGUGUGUUUUAGUUAGUUUAUCAUCUUAUUGCCUUUUAUUUGGCUUUUUUUUUAAAUUUUUUUUUUUUAUGAUUUGUCAAGUACGUAUUGUGUGUUUUUAAGCAUACUGUAAAUAUUUGUUGUUACCCCUCCAUUGUCUACUAAUAGAGCACCAAAACUGUGUGUAAAUCAGGAAUUUAGUUUUAUACUUGAUGUAAUUUUCUGUGAUCCCAUAGAAUUCUAGAAUGAUAUAUUUUUUAAAAUGUAUACAGAGGUUGUUGGAAUUCUAGUGAAUUCCAACACAAUAGAAAGGUUUCCUGAAACAAAAUAGGGACCAGUGAGAAGAAAUGGUCUUGCCAAGGAGAGAUUGGUUAAGGUGGUAAGUAUAUUGGCCUGCUGGCAAAGCAUCAUGGCAGUUGUAGUUCGACAAUUGCUGGUAAUCUCUGAUCUAUAGCUUUUAUUUGCAAUGUUCUACCACAGAAAUGUUGACAAGAAGGAACUUGGCACCCGCUCCUUUAAGUGAGCUGCCAGCUUGUUCAGUUAUUUCAAUCAACUCCUGUGUGAUAGGAAGUGCUGAGGGCACAGGGACAGAACUGGGUACCAUCAAGCCUGGUCUUUCUAUUUUGCCUUCUUAGUAAGAACCAAGCAGGAAGGUAUUAGGACAUAUUGAAGGUAGUUACUCUUAUUUCUGCUCUGAUUUACUGUGGCACACGCUAAUGUGGAGUCUGGAAAGUGAUGUUACUGUACAACAUUUAUUUGUCAGAUCUUGCUUCUCAAGUUCUCUUCCCUUUCUGCAGCUUGGUCAACGUCUAGAUCUAAUGCUGAAAGCAUUUGCUAAACACAAUAAGAUGAUGAAGGAAUGCCAGGAUGGGAAAGGUAUGGGACAGAUAAAGAAUUAUUUACGAGAAAUAACAGGUUGUAGCACGGGGCUUUUUGGGAAAGAGGGUUUCUAAAGUUCUAAGUUCUGUGAUUCUGAAGUUCUGUAUUCAGCAGAAAUCAUAUAUUAUUACUUUAAAUAAUGCAUAAAGCACCUUUUAUUGAUUUUGGUUUUUUUCCGUUACCUUUUAGGGUUUGACCGUCACCUUUUAGGUCUUCUUCUUCUUGCAAAAGAGGGGGGUCUGCCUGUUCCAGAGCUCUUCAAUGACCCAGCUUUUACAAAAAGGUCAUAGAAAUUCAUAUUUUUCAUAAUUUAACAUAUUUUGGCAUUUGAUGUUCUUUGUUAACGCUAUGAGCAUGAAUUUGUGUCAACGCAUGUUGUACCAACCAGUCAGCUGGCUUUUGGCAAACACUGUCAAAUGCCCAAGACUCUAAAAAUCCAUGUAUUCGUUCUCCCACAUCCAUUAAUUUGACUUUUUCUUCCUGUGUGUUUGAAAAUAUAUUUCUUCUGUGUUGUCUGAGAAUUUAUUCCUCCUGGUGUGUCUAAGAAUGUUUGUUUUCCAGUGUGUUUGAGAAGCAGGUAGUCAGAGAAUUAACCAAGGACAGAAGGAUUCAGUUCCAAAUUGUGUAUACUAGUAUGUCAUGAGUGUUUGGUACAAUAUUAUACUAGCUCAGUGGGGUGGUUGAACAGAACUACCUCAUCAUUAUUUUCAUGAAGCAUUGUGGAAAGGAAGUCCAAGAUAGCGGCUUAUUUUUGGAAGACUUGGUGGGUGUAUUCUCUAAUCUAUACACCCAUACAAUAGCAUAACAGCAAUGUGUGUCUUAAAUGUUAACACAGUCACAGAGGUGAUACACCAGUGAGACACUCCAGGGUCUCACUGGGUCCCCUAAUGUAUGAAAAAAGAAUAAGCCAAAAUCUUCUCACAUAAGUGAGGAGAGGCUAUUCCUAUAUUAGAUGAGACAGGUCUACCACACAGUAUACAUGACUGGCUUAAUUGUUGGUAAAAAGUAGGUCCAGUGUAAGGUAGAUUCUGUAUUUAUAUUAGUCAGAUUUGAGCAAAGAUCACCACAGUAUAUGUAUCAAUUUAAUAUACAAAGUAAUCGUGCCAAUAGUAUCGCUAACACUAGCAUGUUUUACUUCUGAUGUUGUGAUGGUAAUGGCAGGAUAGUACCAAUAUAUGUGGAAAGAUAUACGUCUGUCAAGUGCUGUGCUUAAUACAGAGUCAAAGGGUGUGUUAACUCAGCACGGAUGGUCUUCGCAUAGACUGGUAAGAAGGGGAUAUAAGGAGGAAAAUUGAUAGUAAGCCUCUCUCCCUUUAAAUCUGACUAGAUAGAAAAAUAGGAAAAAAGAGGAAGAAAUGAUUGCAACAGAAACGUAAAUUAUUUACAAGCUAACUAUAUACGUAAUCAUUCCUAUACCGACUGUGACAGGUCUACUAAACAGUGCACAUGACUGGAUUUAUAAAAGAUCGGCCAAAAUGGGCCUGGUCUAAGGUAGAUCCUGUGUAUAUUUUUUAAGUCAGAUUUCUGUUUGAGAUGGAGCAAAAAAUCAUCCCAAAAAAUGUAUUCAGGUGGUACAAAUAGCAAUAAUGCCAAUAGUAUCUAUGAUAUUAGCAUGUGUUGUGGUUCCUCUUGGUCCCGAUAGCGCAUUAUAUUCUUGGUAUAUUUCUGGUUUUGAACUUCGACUUGUCUUGACUAUUCUUCUCUCUGGUAUCCGUUUGACCCAGCUUGUUAUUCUCAUUUUGUCCUACCUCUGGCUUCCCUGACCUCGGCUUGUCCUGUUUAUUCUCUUUCUUUCAGUAACAUCAAUCCGGCCAUUCUAAGGUCCAGUACGUUACUACUUUACUUACACUCUGUGUUAGGAUUCCCCCUAUUCCUGACACUUAGUUAAGUACUCAUGGCCUUAGUUUGAAAUAAGUCGAUAGUUCUAGGAACAUUAUAGCAUUAGGAAUAUAAAUAUGUAUUCCUAACGCUAUAAUAGCCUGCUAUCUAUCUAGAUGUCCCCCUCCCCGUGUGAAAGUUUGAAAGGUGAGAUUUACUUGCAUUUUAGCUCUUACCAUGCUGCUCUCCACGGUGAUGUUCCUUGGCUGAGACUAUGAAUUUUUGAUGAUCUCCACCAAUCCAAAGCUUCCCCAUAAGGAAGCAUUGGAAUGCUAGUGUGCAAGUGCGGCAAAAUGCAGUAAUCAAAUUCUGCUUGAGGAGCAGCAUGUGAUCUAUAACUGAGUUUAACUGCGUUAUUACAAUGUAAAUGCCUAUAGUGGCUAACAGAGUUUGAUGUAACCCUGCAAUGUAAAUAUCCCCAUUCCUUCAGAAUAGAAAUGUUUUACAAUACUCAUUGAAAGACAGGGCCACUGCACACAGACCACUUUAUUGAGAAGUGGUCUGUGUGCCUUUUAGAGUCCCUUUAAGCUCAUCUCAGAACCCUGGUAAAAAACAAUCAAAAAAAAAAAACAGCUAGCUGCUUAGAAAAGUGCUUGUUAUAGAAAUAGAUUUUAAAUCCACAGUCUAAUGAAAGCCGUUAUUAAUAUUAUUGUAUUAAUUAUUCUUAAUAUUUUUCUUAUAGUGGAGGCGGGGGAAAUUUCAUACUUUCUACCAGUUGUGUUGGCUAUACACGUGUACACGGAGCUGUUGUUCCCAUGAUACAUGAUGGAUACGGGUUCUUCUACAGAAUCCGUGAUGACAGGUAUGAUCCCUCAAAAUUGCAACAGUUAUUCGAAUAUGUGUUUUUAGUCUCUCUCUAUGGCUGUUUGUUCCGAGUGAUUGCUUGUUUAGGUUAUGUAUAAAGGACCUUCAUGCAUUGUUAAUGUAGAAUAAAAGUCUCUCAUAUGAACUGGGAAUAAACCAAAUUUUUUGUUUGAUACUGUGAUAGAAUUUAUCUUGAUUCCAAGGCUCAAGCUUAUAGGUGUCAUCUAAUGAUAUUGUAUAUUAAAAUUGGCUAACUUGGACUCAGGAAAUGCUUGAUGCUUAACACAACACUUAAGACCAUAUAUGUCUAGUUCCGGGAGCAGAGAGCCCCCACCUGAGAUGUCUCUUCUCUAAUCUUUUUGUUCUUUCUUACCUUGAAACUUAUUUGUUAUGUGGUACAUGACGUUUAUCCCUAUGUCUUAUCUGUACUCCCUUCCUAUUACUUUUCUAAGAGUAUUUGCACGUAAGCACUUACUUUUUAAUGUAUAAAAACUCAGCUGAUGAAUAAAACGGCAGAGGCUUAUUUUGAAUACCAACAGGUGUCUAAUUCUCGCUUCUCCAAGUGCACUUGUAAUAAUAGUUUGGGUUUCCUCUGAAUAUAACAAAGAUCAACAUUUGGAUCCACAACAAUACUUGGCUGCCUGGUUGUGAUUUACACAUUACAGACGUAAAGUUUAGCUCUGGCUUUGGGAAUGUACCAUCCCAUUUUCUUUAUACGCAAUGCUAAGCACGCUAUUUCAUCUUUUAUUUUUCUAAUGGCAUGCAUUUAAAUUUGAAAACCUUUUAUCAUUUUAGCAUUGUUUAGUGAUACAGUGUGCAAUUUGCCCAUUCUUUUUGUUUGGUGUCCUAUUUAGUAGUCUCUAUCUUGGUUCUAGAAAUGUAAGAGUUUAAUAUAUAAAGAUCAAUUCUGGGGUAAAGUUCUAAUAGUGGAGAAAGCGAGAGGAACCUUCCAUUGCGUUCCAAACUAUUCCAGGUGGUCAUUAGAUGUAUUUUCAUAAUCUAGCAGUCAGUUAGGAUGUCACUACAGCAAAUAGAGGAAAUUGAAACAUUUCUGAAUUUUAGCAUUGUAUGAUUUCUGAUUUACUGUACCAGAAUCUUCUUCUGUUUUCAGGUUUGUGGUGGCCUGCACGUCUUGGAAGUCCAGCCCAGAUACUGAUGCUGAAAAGCUUUGCCGGACAGUGUUUAAGAACUUCCACGAGAUGAUCCAACUGACAGUCAAAGGGCAGUUGUAGAAAGUCAGGGUUUCAGAAUUUCCUUCUUUUUCCACAUAUAAUGUACUUGUUGAGGAAUCGCUUUGGUUUAUCUACCUAUUUUAGACACUGUACAAUAUGCUACUGCUUUGUAAGUAAAAUAAUGUCAUAACAAUCUGGUUUUUCGAGACCCUUUGCUGGCAUGGAAUGUCUUAUUCAUUUAUUAAGUAAGCAGGAAUUCCAUCUGGACAUCGGGUCUACAUGGCCAGAUUAUCAUGGCGUAUGGAAUGUGAUGGGACCUCAAGGGGUUAGUAGCCAUAUGUUUACAGUUUUUAAUAAAACAAAUUUAUACAAAUCCAAGCUACCUUUAUCACCACAGCAUACCUGGGACAUUUCAGAAUGUCUAAGCUCUGAGAUACUUGAAUAUGUUAUAUCUAACACUCAUUCUAUAGACUGAGCUUCCUUCAUUUUAACAUGACCACUUCAAUCACUCUGAUAAACCAACUGUGGUCUUAGUGAAACCAAUGACUGGUCUUUUGUUAUGAGGAUCCAACACUUGGUGUGAUACAUAGAAUUAGCUUAUUCUUAAUGAGAUUAGAUUGAGAGAUCCCAGGUAUGCAUACAAAUACAAACACGAACAAACUGAUAGACAGCUUCAUUGUUUUAUUGCACUAUCACCUUCCCAAUUUCUGAUCUGCAUCAGAACCCUCACCACCCACCUUUUAAUUUUAUUUUUUUUAAUCUCCGUGUACUAGUUUCCUUUUUGCAAAUAGUGAGGAUCUGUUAUAUUUCCCAUUUUUUCAUUAUACAGAGCAGCAUGCUUGAUAACCUGUUGUUUAACAUCCCAAAGAAUGCGAUAACUGAUAUUAUGUACUAUAAAGUAAAAUGAUCUAGAUGUUCGUUAAAGCUACCAUAUUAACUGCUUGUCACAAGAUGCUAUGAAGCUAAACGUUAAGUUGGUGACCGGUCCAGUUUCAGUGCAGUGGUUGCUAUGACAACAUCAUCUACACAAUGAAGCUUGCUCUAUCUGUACUUUGCCGUAGCAAUGCAAUCUAAAAGAGCCACUAUUUGUGAUUAAAUCAAUGCAGUAUACACAAUGCAAAAACAAUGCAAACUCACUUCACUUAUGUCAUCCAAGCGCAUACAACACAUUUUAAUUAAGCUAUAAUUAUAUAGAGUUAGAUUACUGUGUGACUGAUAAUUGAGAAAUCCUUAGACGAUGAUUGAGGAGUUUGAGGAACUGGAACCCAGAUUUGCCAAUGAUUGGAGUGCUGAAGGGGAUAAAAUGAAUUUGAAUUUUUGUUCUUAUUAAUAAUGUUUCUGCUUUUCUUCAGCCGUAGCUAACAGCCAUUUAGUACUUACUUUACUAGAAAUGUUAUUCUACACUGCAGGUAUGAUCUCAUUAUAAUACAACUAAAGUGGAGUGUUUUUCGUUAUCUGCUUGUCCCUUAUAAUAGAAAUUGCACAGUGUGUAGAGUAUUGCUGAAGACAACUGAACAUCCCAGGAAAGUCAAGAGAUGCUUGUUUUUCCCCUGAUCUUAGUAUGUAGUAUUUACACUGCACCUAGGGGGUUCUGGGUAGUCAUAUGUAAAUGAUUGCUUCAUCGAUCACCUAUAACUUCUUUAUCCACUUUACACAUGGACCUUCCUGUGUAUGUUGCUUUUCUAGACCGCUAUUGAUACAAACUUUAGGUUGUAGACUUAUAUGGUCAAGCAAAAGUGCAUCUUCCAUGGGAAGAAGAAAGAAACAGUUAAAUGAAAUGGAAUCAAGUUUCAUCAUUAUUUUUGGCGUCUAUGUAGCGCCAACUUAUUCUGCAGGGCUUUAUAAUAAUAUGGCACAACGUCACAUUGUACCAGCUCAAUUGCAACAAAACAUAUGGAACUUGCUAAAAUCCUAAAGAGACUUUGCCCACUGAGCAGCCAAUAAUUCCGUGUAUUAGACUGCACUGUCAUUGGCAUUGGUAUUCGUCAUGCUUAUUGGCAGAACACGGUCUGCUGGGAGAUUUCUCUGUGUGACUGUUUAAGUCGACCAGGAAGUAAAAGCACAUGUUAGGCCUACUGAGAUGUAAAAAAACACCGCUAUUAAUAGUGUGCUGGGGGAUUCUCACUGUUAGACAUAUGGGGUGUGCGAGGGGGUUGGGGGGAGAAACGGUUAAAAAAAAAAAAUAAUAAUAAUAUUUCUGCGUUGUACAGGAAGACAAACAGAAAGAUAUAAAAUAAUUUCUGGCAUGGCUGGUACCCUUUAAAGUGGAUACAGAGGUUACAAUUAAUUUUGUGCCUAAUUUGCAUAACACUGCCCAGAAACCUUAGCAGCAAUAUUAACAUUAUGUGGGAAAAACAGGUAUGCCGAAUUGCAUGUAGAUUUCUGUUUGUGAGCUCGCUGUAUAUAGGGGGUUUUCCGUUUCUUUUUACUCCACAUAAUCUUUUGAAUUUGUAAUGUACUAGGAUGCUAAAGCGGCUGUUCUACACAGUGUACUACGGCAGCACUUGUUAUAAAUACUAGGUGCCUUAAGUGCUUGCAAUUCCAGAGGGUUGAACUGUGUUUGCAUUGUCCCCGUAUGAUGCAGGACUCCUCUGAUAAUAGUGGAUGUAAUUAUUCUAUGCUGCCAGUAGAUGUCCUCUUUUUCUCAUCAGAUAUGCACAAGCAGGAUUUCAUUUUUUAGCAAAUAGAUCAGGACUUGGCUGGUUGUAUCUCCAGCUUUUUUAAAUUGGCAAAGAAUCAUGGAAGUGCAGUUCUACAAUAUCUGGUGAUCUAUCGCCUGCCCUCCCCUGAAAUGGAAAGUGAUGAGAUCAAUAUUCUUAUUUAUAAAACCGCAACAUAGUCCGCAGCGUUGUGCAUUGAGUGGACAACACAUAAAAGCAAAUUCAACAAGGCCAGUCUGACUUCUUCAUAGAACAUGACGUGGUGUAGGGCUCCUGCUCAAUCCAGUUUACAAUGUCUGGAAUCUCAGGAAUUACAUUGUAGCUUCUACCAAUGCUUUAGAUACUGGUGGCUCACUCAUCCAAAGUGUACAAACAUCCAUGCACAUACUUGAUUCCAAAAUUGCCAUCAAAAACUGCAUAGCUCAGGGUCUGAAUAGAUGAGAAUGUACCUAAAUCAUUGAACAGGUGUCAUAAGUCUGGAGCCCUCACCAUUCACAGUCUGUGUCGAGUGGAAGUCCCAUUGAGCUGUAGAGAUGCCUCUUGAUACCUCUUGUGUUCUAACAUAACUAUCUCAAGGAGCAUGACUAUGAUAGAGAGCACAGAAUUCCCCUGUAGAAUGGUUUUUCAGCUUUUCCCUCAUUUUCUUCUUAUUUUGUUUGAAUAGACCUCUACUCUGUUGGUCGAUUGACAGGUUAGAGGAAGAACAAUAUAUUUUUGUUUUAGGUUUUUAUGAAAAUGAAUAAACAAAAUACCAGUUUUAUAUGUAUUAAUUAAAUUUUAUAAACUUUAAUGCCAAUGUUUGUGCCCUGACAGGUACACUUUUAAAUGACUGUAUUUUGUUUCUUUACUGACCGGAAUUUGAUUCUGCUGCAAUUUACAGGAUAAGAGUUAACAUAGGCUAUCCAGCACGGCCCCCGUGAGAAAUCAUUCGAUGAUUAUGCAGAUAUGCCCUGCAAUGGUCUAGUUGCUAAACCAUUUGGGUUUCAAUAUUAUCAAUAUGUUAUUAACCCACUGCUUAACAAAGAGGCCCCAGUGGGCCUGCUUAAUUUGAAGAUCUGGCUCAUUUUAGAAAAACAAUAUAAUAGACUUAAACUAGAAUAAAUAAAAUGUGUGCAAAAUAAUAUAACAGCCCAAUGCUUCGAUAUAAAUGGCAGUGUUCAUGAAAUUAUGGCUUAAUGCAGUAUAUAAAGUGCCAUUUCUUCAUGUAAAAAAAUAAAUAAAUAUUAGUGCACCCUAAAUAUCCUACAUGCACCAGUAGCUGUUUUUCUUUGCUUUAUAGAACACUUUCGACCUGCUUGAAGCACAGCAUAAAGGACUAUACCUGGCAGCAUACCUUGAUUUCUUUUACUUUUUUUAUUUAAUUUUUUUUUCUUUCGAUUUUUAGGUUGUGUUGGUACCUUGCACUAUGUUAUAGCUUGGCAAGAUCAUAUGAUGUAAAUGUAUCUAAUUGUGGGACAUAUUACAGUUAGAAAGAAAUUAUUUUCGCUGUUACACUGACGAAGCUUGUUUUCCUUUAAAAAGCACAGACUACUAGAGCAAAUGGGUUUAUAUAUCUACUGGACAGAUUCUAACUGUAAUUCCUAAAAUAAAAGGGUAUGAAUGUUCUGUAAGCAAUGAUAUUAUCAUUCUCAUUGUACUUCAAGGGCUUUACUCAGUUUUUCUUAACCUGUCAUAGAAACUAUAUAAGACUUUAAACAAUAAAAUAAUUACAUUUCAAAACAAGCUUCAUCUGUUCUUUAAUUUGUAAGCCAUUAUAAAAAAAAAAAAAUAAAAAAAAAAA